AUGGAUUCGUCAAACGAUAAACAUCUGAACCACCUGGAAAAAGUUCUGCUGUGUGCUGUUGAGAAGGGAGAUAAACAUCUCGUCGUGAGAUGUCUGCAUGCUGAAAAACCGGUUGACAUCAACUGUUCUGAUUUUCUUGGAAGAUCACCGAUACAAAUAGCUGUCGAGAAAAGAAACAUUUCAUUAAUAAAAAUUCUUCUAGAACAAGAUGGAAUACAAAUAGGAAACACAUUGCUCUACGCAAUUUGUGAAGGCACGUACGAAAUUGUGGAAAUGCUGAUUGACCAUCAUUCUGUCACGGCGGACAUGAUUGGCUCCGACUGGGGCUUCAACAUGAAGAAUGAUUUCAAUAUUUCUGACGAGUUUUUUCCUGAAAUUUCACCAAUCGUUUUGGCAGCUCACUGCAAUCAUUUCGAAAUCAUUCAAUUGUUAAUCUCUCGUGGGGCCACAAUAAACAAGCCCCAUCCUCUUUCGUGCUCCUGCAGCAAGUGCAGAAAAGAAACAUUUGAAGAUAGCUUAAGAUAUUCAUUACAACGUAUUCAAAUAUUCAGAGCGCUGUCCAGUCCGGCCUGGAUAUCACUGACAAGUUUCGAUCCUGUUUUAACUGCUUUUCGACUUUCAUGGGAAUUGGAGCACUUGGCUAUGAAAGAAAAUGAAUUUAGAGAUUUGUACGCUAAUUUGAGUGAACAAUGCAAACAAUAUGCUUGCAAUUUGUUGGAUCAAUGUAGGAGCAGUCACGAGGUUAUUGCUGUCUUAAACAAAUCUGUUGAUUCUGCGUACGACAAAUGGACAACGGAAUGGAGUGACAUUAACAAACUGACUUUGGAUAGGUUGAAGUUAGCGUUAAAAUAUAGACAAAAACAGUUUGUUGCCCAUCCUCAUUGCCAACAAUUGCUGGCCUCAGUGUGGUUUGAAGGAAUCCCUGGAUGGCGAAGAAGGAAUUUUAUUACAAAAGUUGUCAUUAUUAUAACUCUCAUAUGCUUUCUUCCAAUUAUGGCGUUGAUCUAUCUGGUGUUUCCAAGAAGUAGAAUCGGCCGCUUAGUUCGAACUCCUUUUAUGAAAUUCAUGUAUCACAGUGUGUCUUUUGGAGUUUUUUUGUUUCUUCUCAUUUUGGUUUCCACAAAUUUUGGUGCAGCUGACGGAGAAUACACUCAAAGACAACAUCAAAGAGGUCCGCCGCCUACUAACUUGGAAUGUCUUAUUGUUGCAUACGUCAUGGGUUUUGUCUGGGGAGAAUGCAAGCAGUUGUGGGACGAAGGUCUGAAAGCUUAUCUUCGCCAAUGGUGGAACUGGCUCGAUUUCAUUAUGCUUUCAUUGUAUUUGUGCACCUUGUCCUUGCGUUUAAUUGCUUACUUUCACUCUCAGCACCCCGAUAUUUACGGUUUGAGUUUAGCUCCUCGAAAUCAAUGGCCUGAAACAGAUCCAACUUUUGUUUCAGAAGGAGUUUUUGCAAUUGCCAAUGUUUUCAGCUUUGCGAGAAUAAUUUAUCUCUUUCAAGCUAACCCAUUGCUUGGACCACUCCAAAUUUCUUUAGGAUGCAUGCUGAUUGAUAUAGGAAAAUUUUUUUUCAUUUUUUUCCUGGUUAUAACUUCAUUUGCUUGUGGUUUGAAUCAACUCUACUACUUUUAUUCCUCUUCUAAUUCAUCUCACGAGAUAGAAACAAAUCAUCAAAUGACUUCGCAAGAAAUGCAGAACACAAAUUAUGAAAACGCGUUUAAUCCGAGCUAUGUGACGCUCUUUUGGUCUCUCUUUGGUCUGACCCAAUUGCAAACAGUAAGAGACGGACAGCUAAAAGCUAUUACGAAAGCAGUUGGCGAAUGUUUGUUGAUGUUUUAUCAUACAAUGGCGGUAAUUGUUUUGAUUAAUAUGCUCAUAGCUAUGAUGUCAAAUUCUUACAGAGAAAUUGAGGACCAUGCUGACAGAGAAUGGAAAUUUGCGAGAACGAAAUUGUGGAUGGGAUAUUUUGAUGAUGGCUCAACGCUACCCCCUCCCUUCAACAUAUUAAUCAGUCCUAAAUCAAUUUAUUAUUUCUUAAGAAGUAUCAAGUUGUUGGUGUAUAAAAUACUCUAUUGCUGUCACAUUAAACCUAGUACAAAAAAAAUGAUGAGAAAAAGCAUGAAGUCUAAGGAAAAGUUACUGGAAGACAACAGGAGACAAUAUACCGUAAGAUCUAUAUAUUUAAAAAACGGUUUAACGACAAUGCUUACGCUUAUGUGUAUGUAUUUAUUUAAAAUACUAUUUGUCAUUUACCAACAGGAUGUUAUGCGCAAAUUGGUCAACAGAUUUAUACAUCAGUGGAAAAUUCAACUGAGACAAGAGAGCAUCAACGAAGAUCACAUUUCCGAAAUCAAACAAGACAUCUCCAGUUUGAGGCGCGAGUUGCAAAACGAUUUCAAAAAAGACGAGUUCCAGUCAAGCUUCAUGUUUGAAAAAAUAAAAAAAGAUAUCGCUCGGCUGGCACGGCGUAACUCCAAUCCUCCAUUUAAAUCUGAAGCUGCAUUCACUUCAUCAACUAAAAAAAAGAGCAAAAGUAUGGAAAGACGUUUUGAUUCAACCACGGACAAUGACAUCUUACCUAGAAAGUUUUCUGGAACAUACAACAAUUUUAACAGCUACCCUUUGGCCGAUGAUGAAAUGAAAAAUAAAAAUGCAAUAAUUUCUUACGAAUUAGAUUAUUUACAACAAAUUCAAAAGCAACACGGGAAUUCGUCUCCCGGUUAUAAACAGCAAAACAAAACCGAAUGCGACGUAAAUUUGUUAAAAAACCAAAUUAUAGGAAGUUUGGAAGCGGAGGUUGGAAAAAUAAUAACAAAUGCUUUAUCGCCUGUCAUCGAUUACUUGAAACGGCACACCUCGGAAGCAAGCAGUCUACACUUGCAAUUCUUAAAACUCGUAAGAAAAUGA